GAAGCCGGAAGCGCAGUCAAAGGAGCGAUGGCAGCCGGUGGCGGUCUGAGUCGCUCGGAGCGCAAAGCGGCUGAGCGGGUCCGGAGGCUGCGAGAGGAGCAGCAGCGGGAGCGCCUCCGCCAGGUGUCACGCAUCCUGCGGAAGGCGGCUGCAGAGCGCAGCGCGGAGGAGGGCCGGCUCCUGGCCGAGAGCGAGGAUCUGGUGACCGAGCUGCAGGGUCGGAGCCGGCGGCGUGAGGGCCUGAAGCGCCGCCAAGAGGAGGUGUGUGAUGACCCAGAGGAGUUGCGGAGGAAGGUCCGCGAACUGGCUGGAGCUGUCCGAAGUGCCAGACACUUGGUUGUCUAUACAGGCGCUGGGAUCAGCACGGCAGCUUCUAUCCCAGAUUACCGGGGUCCUAAUGGAGUAUGGACACUGCUUCAGAAAGGAAGACCUGUGAGUGCUGCUGACCUAAGCGAAGCGGAGCCUACCCUCACCCACAUGAGCAUCACCCGUUUACACGAGCAAAAGCUGGUGCAACAUGUGGUGUCUCAGAACUGCGACGGGCUCCACCUGCGGAGUGGGUUGCCGCGGACCGCCAUCUCGGAGCUCCAUGGGAAUAUGUAUAUUGAAGUCUGCACCUCCUGCAUCCCCAACAGAGAGUACGUACGAGUGUUUGACGUGACCGAGCGUACCGCCCUCCACCGACACCUGACAGGCCGGACCUGCCAUAAGUGUGGGACUCAGCUCCGGGAUACCAUUGUGCACUUUGGGGAGAGGGGGACGUUAGGGCAGCCUCUGAACUGGGAGGCAGCGACUGAGGCUGCUAGCAAAGCAGACACAAUCCUGUGUUUAGGGUCCAGCUUGAAGGUACUAAAGAAAUAUCCCCGCCUCUGGUGUAUGACGAAGCCUCCAAGCCGUCGCCCCAAACUCUACAUUGUGAACUUGCAGUGGACCCCGAAGGAUGACUGGGCUGCCCUGAAGCUUCAUGGGAGAUGUGAUGAUGCCGUGUCUGUCUCCUAUAAGCAUCAGAGGGACUGGCCAAGGCUCUACCGUGUACAUGUGCACACCCUCCCGCCCUGACUCUCUGAGGAGAGGAGGGGUCUGCCAGCGUGCUCUACAGGAUGCUCCCCACAGAUGGUUUGCAGCCUGGGUGGACAGCCGUGAGGGGUGACGACUGUGCAACGCUGGUCAGACAGAAUCUGUGUCCUUGGUCUGGGGAUAUUUGGGGAAAAUGUAAGCAAACUGACUUGAUACAGAAUUGUGAUAAUUUAGACUUGGCGUGUAUAUUGAGUGAAAAGUUUACACUUUCUUUCUCUGUGAAUUUUCAGGGUCUUAUAGGGGAAAUCAAUAACUUCUUUUAAUCAAAGGGUUCAAGAAAUUAAGGAUCCCUUCACCUCUGGGCCUGGCAAUUCUUGUAUGUUAUGUUUGUGGUGUUUUGUGACGUGGGCCUCUCCUGUACUGCAUUGUUAGUGUUGUUGUUGGUUGUUUCCUUUUUUUUUUUUUCAAACAUUAACUUAGCUCAUUUUUUUAAUCAGUGCUUAUUUGUAUCUUACGUUUAUGAUAUGUGGUUCUACAUUUCAAUCAGACACAUGAUUUCUUCAUGGUGUAGUCUGUAGGCCACACCUCCCUAGUCAACUGGCCUCUUCCCCCCAUCCCUGUCAUGCAGUCUGGGAAGAGGAAAAGGGUCUGGUCCACCUGCCCCCAUCCAUACAAGUGAAAGGUGGGGCCCAGAGUUGCUAGCAAGUUAUCCUUGGAGACGGAGCCAUCCUGUGGCUAGCACGACCCCUUCCUCUGUGUGCAGAGCCCACUGACAGCGGGUGAGACACAGAAGAGGCUGCUGCUGGCCUUUGAUUGCCGCCCAGGAAGGUUUUCCCUCGCAGCUCUUCUGUGGCUUGGUGACACUGAAGCUGCUUCUAGCCAGAGCCCAGCCAGAUUGAGACAAAGGGGAAGGGGUGGGCUGACAGGCGGCCUCAGACAGCUUUCCCAUGCCUGGGAGGUGUUGUGAUUUGAGGGGUUUUCAGAGCUACCUGAUACUGCUUUUCUUUCUGUUAGGUGGCAGGACCCAAUCUUCUCCUUGGCAACUCCCCUCCGUGCUGGUGAAGAAGGCAGCCACAGUCGGAAGUCCCUGUGCAGAAGCAGAGAAGAGGCCCCCCCUGGGGACCAGAGCGCC